UGGUGUACAGACUUUUUGUUUACAGUCUCUUCAUAAUCGAAAGAUGCAGAGACCGGUCUUUCUAGUUUAAUAGUGAUAGUGUCAGUGUCAUAGCUCGAAAAUGGAAUUGCUUCCGCGGUCAACAGUUGACUUUGCCCAGCCAGAAUACUGGAAUAAAUUCUUCAAACAACGUGGUGAGAAAGUGUUUGAAUGGUAUGGAGAGUACGUGGAACUGUGCACAUUACUUCACAAGUACAUGAAAGCUCAAGAUAUCAUAUUAAAUGUUGGUUGUGGAAACUCGAAGUUAAGUGCUGAUCUGUAUGAUGCUGGAUUCAAGAAUCUGUGGAACGUAGAUAUUAGUGCUGUGGUCGUGGAGCAAAUGACCAAAAAAUUUGGAAAGUCUCGCCCUGGUUUAAUCUACGAGAAGAUGGAUGUGUUAAACCUCUCAUAUCCAGACAAUAAUUUUAGUGUCGUUUUAGAUAAAGGAACUCUCGAUGCUUUGAUGCCUGAUGACUCGAUCGAAGCUCGUUCUAGAAUAUCAAAAUUUCUCUCCGAAGUUGGCAGGGUUCUAAAAGUUGGUGGGCGGUACAUCUGCAUUAGCUUACUGCAGGAGCAUAUCUUGAAAUUUCUAGCAGGACAUUUCAGUGAGGAAGGCUGGCUCAUUCGGGUUUGUCACUGUCAAGAAGCGCAGCAAAAUUCACCGAAUGGAGCUGCCCUCCCGGUUUUUGUCAUUAUUUGCACAAAAUUUAAAAAACUACCGAAUAUGAAACCCGUUUUUGAGUUCAGUGUGCAUGAGAGUUCUGUGAGGCGGUUAGUAUCAAUUGAAGAGUUAUACAAGUCUGUCAAAACAACACAAGAGGCUGGUUUAAUUUGCUCAAAAUUGAGCAGGGUUGUACUGGACCCUAAAGAUGAAAUCUGUAUUGAUGUAACACGACCUGAAGACAGUUCUCCACGAUAUACAUUUACAAUAAUUGAUAAAGCAGGGUCUAGGGGACCAGAAAAGAUGUCUUUUGCUGCUUUUAUAGUGCCUCAAGGACGGGAAAGUGAAUGGUUGUUCAGUUCCACCGAAGGACGCCAAGUCCUUCUCGAUAAUUGUAAAGUAGAUAGGUUGGCUGUCAUUACUAUGCAUCGCGGUCAUGAAUAUCCAGAUUUGAAAGGUGUACAAGAAGAAUUAAACGAUACCGUUGCUAAUGUUGCACCUUACGGGAUGCUGGAAAAGAAAAUGAAACUUCCGUUUCUGUCUCUUGGGAACAAUCUUGGCUCUAGAAAAACAUGUUACAGCGCCGAAAGUGAAAUUUCUGGCUCUUUACUCGUUGAAGAAGUUGAAGCUGAUGGUUGCACCUAUAGAAGAUUAAUUUUUUUGAAGAGUCCAAAUGUUAUACAAUCUGAAGCAAGGUUAAGAAAAGGAAGUGAUCAAAGUGAUAACAGCUCUGUCGAUAAAACUUAUGUCAGCUGUGAAUACCACAUUUACUUAGGACUGGGAAUCGUAAUGGGUAUCAUGCAGUCCUCGAAUGAGCUGAAGAAAAUUCAUACCACUUCAGUGAAAAUUCUUGUAUUAGGUCUUGGCGGCGGAGCUUUGUGCUCUUACAUUCAGACCUUACUACCAAAGGCUCAUAUAACAGCUGUUGAUAUUGAUCCUGCUGUUAUUGAAAUAGCUACUAACUAUUUUGGUCUGGCCAAGAAUGACAAUCUCAGAAUUGAAGUUCAGGAUGGACUUGUAUUUUUAAAAGACUCUGUGCAAAGUGGUGAAAAAUAUGAUUUCAUAAUAUUCGAUGUCGACUGUAAAGAUUCUAGUUUGGGUCUAAGCUGCCCUCCGCAAAGUUUCCUCGAGCCAGAAGUUUUAGAGUCUGUGAUCAGUUGCCUCAGUGAAAAAGGAGUGUUCUUACUAAAUUUAGUCUGCCGGGCAAGUGAAAUCAAAAAGAAUGUGUACAAUAGACUUAAAAGCACCUUCAAGCAAACAGCUUCAAUCAAACUAGAAAAGGAUGUGAACGAAGUAAUCUACACAAGGAUUAACGACGCCUCUUUUGACGGUCCUCUGAUAACUCAAGCUGCACAAAACUUAAACUCUCUUAUGGACCUAAGUGGGAUCCCGGAUGAAAAUUUUAUUGAUAUCACAGAUCUUUCAAAAUGGAUGAAGCUCAGGCUGGAAUAAAGUUAUACUUGAUUUUUCAAUAGAUUUCUGUGCUUAUGUGUUCCAGUGAAAAUGUAUUUUAGUGUUAGAACAGCAUCGCAGUGACUUGGGGAGAAUAUCCGAUGUCGAAACAUGUUUUAACUGGUCUGAUUUUAUACUUAUAAAGCUCAGCUUUUGGCUCUACUCUCUUCUAAAAUCUGUCCUCCAUUAAUUUUUGUAAUUUAGUUAUACAGUUAUAAUUGGACCGUAUUAGGCAGAAAGGAACCAAGUUACUUCCAUCAAAAUUACCAAAUUUCAUCUAAUGAUUUUUUUCUUCCGGAGAACAGUUGUGCAGAUUCUUUUGAAAAUUUCUUUGGUGGCAUGACAAAAAUACCCUGAUUUUUCAUAAAAAUCUGUGUGACAAGUAGGUAGAAAAAUAAUUUGUUUGAUGAAGUUUGGCAAUCAUUACUGUGACAGCGGAGUGACACCAUGCAAUAAUAGUAAUAUUCUUCUGUUCAUGUACAUGAUCAACGUACUAUAACCACAAUAAUACUUUCUCUUUGACUUCCAAGAUAUUUGUGUCCUUUUGAUUUAAGACAAGCAGCGGAAAAGUUGGAAAAAAGGCCUCAUGAACUUUCAUCAAGCAUUUUAAAAGAUGAAUCCAAAUACUUUUUUUCAAUUGUUCAUAAUCAUCACUCUCAAAAUAUGUUAUGUAUAUUUUUAAAAGGGUUUCUGAAGCUUUAUAAUUUGCAAGAUGAUCAGCCCGUUACUUACAAAGUAUGUGUACACAAAUUUGUCGCCGGAAAAUUUGAGAAAGUAAGAAUAUUUUUACUUGAAUAGUUUCUCAAAAUGAAACUUGAAACUUUAUGUACAAAUUUUGUAAAUAAUUUAUCAUUUUUGAAAUUUUAUUAUGUAACUGUUAUUAUAAGUAAACUUGAGUGUUACACUUUCAAGAAACUUAAGUUUUUUUUAUUACUACCCAAGAUUAAAAGAGCAAAAAUUGGCUUGGCUGAAAUAAUGAGAUUGUUUAAUGAAACGCUCAUACCUCAUUGAUGGUUUUUAAAGUAUUUAAAUUGGAACUUUGAGGCCCCCGUAUUUGAUGUAUUAGUGUAUAUCGACAGUGCAACUUCCAAAAUGUGUAUCUCAUUUUGCGGCUUUGCAGACUUCCUGUCAUACUUUAUUUCCUCAGUAAACUCCUGAAAACUUCGGUGACUAUAAUUCGGUGUGAAAGAAUUCUGUGAAAACUUGGAGCCAUAAAGUUGCUUUCAGCCUCUUUUGCACAAAUAAAGUAAAAAUCAGAGAUUUUGAAACACCACAUUUGAUGUACACGUUUUUGUAGUUUCACUUACAAAACGCAGUUAAUUUACGGAUACAAGAUGAUUGAAUACUUCAUAACUGAGCCUGCUAUUAUUACCUAUCAUGGUUAAUUUUUUUAAUGCAAAAUGAAGGGAUAAAACGCUUCUCUUUUUAAGAAAAGAACAAAAAUCAGCUCAGUGAAUGAUUUCUUUUUACCAGGGUUCUAGUUCUAUGAUGUCAUGCUGUGUUCCUGCUUUCAGAUAGAGGCUUCCAAAUUUCUCAUCUGAAAAUCUAACUUUCAAAACCACCAGUGAGCAAUGAUGUAAAUAAAUACUUUCCCAGGUUUUUGGAUUGGAAAUAAAUGUAGGUUGUCUUUAGUUUUUCUGUUAAAUGUAGGAGAUCGCUCUGAAAAAAGAAUACACACACACAAAUUAAAUUUUGCAUUGAAAAUA